AUGAAUUAUCUGCGCACAAUAGUCUCAGGGAAGAAGAAACGGCUUAAAGAAGACGGUUAUGACCUUGACUUAUCCUACGUAACCCAAAGGAUAAUCGCAAUGUCAAUACCUGCUGAAGGAAUUCACAAAAUAUAUCGAAACCCACUAGAAUCUGUAUCAAAAUUCCUAAAUGACAGACAUCAUCAAAAGUACAGGAUUCUAAACUUAUCAGGAAUUCCUUAUGAUUAUACAAAAUUUGAAGGCACUGUCAGAGAAUUCCCAUGGGAAGAUCAUUAUCCUCCUCCUAUUGAUCUCUUAUUUAGUGCAUGUGAAGACAUGCACAGAUGGCUUUCACAUGAUGUAGAAAACGUGGUAUCAGUUAAUUGUAGGGCUGGGAAAGGAAGGACUGGGACUUUGAUUUGUUGUUAUCUAUACAUAUAAAAAUUCAAUAUGAAAAAUUAUUUUUAUUUUUAUUAUACCAAAUUAUUCAUAUCCCUACAGUUUAAUAUACUCAGGAAGGUUUAUAGACCCUGACGAAGCAUUAAAUUACUACAAACAAAAGCGAUUUACCAAAGGAGGAGGCGUAACCCAGCCAUCCCAAAUUCGCUAUGUAAAAUAUUUUGCUGAGAUUUUCCAUGGAAAAGUAAAAAGUCCGCUAAUUACUCUAUUGACAAGGGUGCAAUUAAAAACUUCUCCACAUAUAAAUGGGAAUUCUUGCAAGCCCAUUUUCGAAAUUUUUAAAGAAGACCAACUAGUUUUCUCAAGCAAAGAAGACCAAAGAGAUAGGCAAGUUCAUAUACAAGAUUCAUGGGAUGAUUUAAUUACACAUGAUAUUAUUGCAAUGAAGAGGGAUUUAAUUUUGCAAGGGGAUAUUUUGUGUAAACUUUCUAAUUGAGGGUCGAUUAAAAUGAAGAAAAUUUGUAGAUUUUCGUUUAAUACUGGAUUUAUUCGUUCUGAAAAUUUAAUUGUCUUGCCUAACUUUUUGAUGGAAAAUAUUUUUUUUUUAUUUUUAAUAAAAUCUAUUAUAAAAUUGUUAUGAAAAAUUUUCCAAAAGUGUAAGUCCGAACUAGACCCAUGUAAAUUCAAAAAUAGCAAAAAAGUGUCUGAGCAUUUUGCUGUAAAUUUAAUUUUUCAGGAGUUAUGCAAUUUCUGCACCUCCAGGAUGGAUUUAAAUGAAAGAUGUGAUUUUUGUAAGAGAACUUUAAACCCUCGAGAAGUUGAAAAAUGAAGCAGAAUAAAAACAAUUAUUUUGGAAAGAGAAAACAAUGACGGCACCAUUUCUCUAUUUGGAGAUCCUUCAUUUGACGAUGUGGGGGCAGUGCUAAGUGAGGGAUUCCAGCCACCUACAACUGAGUACGGUUUUUUAAAUUAG